AUGCAGGACUCCGCUUUCAAAGGACGGUUUGGGAUCGGACUGCAGAAGCUUUCUGAAGAGAAAGCUGCUCUGUGCGUAGCCACCCUGGCGUUUCCCUGCGUUGAUGGCUGUUAUCUCCCAAAGCAAGAGAAUGAGUUUGUUACUACGGUCGUGGACGAGCUGGAGGCCUUCUUACAGAGGGACCAGCAGAAAAGCAUCCUGCUCUUCCCCCCCCUCCCAAGCCGAUUCCGCUACCUGAUCCACAGAAGCGCGGAGAGCUACCCCCUCCUCAGCACAUUCUCCGUGGGGGGGGCUGGGUGGAGCCGUCGGGUGGCGGUGUGCUUUUCUCACCUCAGGUUACCCCCAGAGAACGACAGUGAUGCAGAGGACAGGGCAUGUGAGCAGACCCGGGUCCGAGGCAAGGGGACGGACAGCAGCAAGCAUAGCCCCGCCCCCGAGCCGAGGCAGACGCGCAGCCGGAGCCAGCGGCGGCCUGAUAAGGCCAUCUACGUCCCCCGCGCCAUGCGGGAGAGAGAGCGGCUGGCCCCGCCCGCCACGCCCACCAUCGGCUCCACGGGCUGCAGCCUCAGCCUCAGCACCUCGGAGGAGUCCUGCCCCAACACCCCCGAAGCGCCGCCCGUAGCCAAUCAGGAGACAGCGUGUGACAGUGCAGAUGAGUCGCUCGGAGAGCCUGAGGCCUGUCCUGUCCUCGCUGACGCCAAAGGCUUCACCUGGGACCAGGACAUCUCCAUCUUCAUGGCCAUGACGCUAGAUGACCAAUCGGAUGACAGCAGCAGUGCAGCACAGCCUGAAGCGGAGGCUGCAAAGGAUUCUGGGGAUUGUAUGCAAGAGAUCUCUGCACACCUGAAGGAAGUGGAUGUCACCAUCGAGAACGUCCACGGUGACUACUCUGGCUAUGAGAACUUGUGGAUCGCCCCGGACGAGUUCGCCCACGUCAUUGAGAUCUAUGACUUCCCUGCUUUGCUCAAGACGGAGGACCUGCUGGACGCCUUCACGGAGUUCAGUGAGGGAGGACUGAAGAUCAAGUGGGUGGACAAUACGCAUGCUCUGGGCGUGUUCUCCAGCGAGGCUGCAGCUGUCCGUGCGCUGACUCUACAGCACCCCCUGCUGAAAGUGCGCUCUCUGUAUGAAGGCAGCAAGAAGUCGAAGGGGAAAGCCCUGCGACGUGCGGAGUUUAUCCAGCCAGUGAAGGAGAGGCCGCGCACAGACACGGCUGUCGCCCGGAGGAUGGUGACUCGAGCUCUGGGUUUGCAGAAGCCUGGUUCCCAAGGAAAACGCUACUGACUGCCUCUGCAGGAAAGGAGCUGAAUCGGCAGGAAGCCAGCCAGCGUCCUGUGCAGAUGCUGACCGUGGUUCUGUGACCACUUCCUGCCCGUGGGUCGGGAGCGGUCAAGUGCUGGAGUCCGGUCGGGUCGGCGCUGUCCUGUACACCAGUCCUGAUUUUACCUCCCAGCGGUUUAUCAUCCACACUUCACAGAAUAAAUCAGAUAAAUGUCAGCGUUUGUGGGGCUUGAGGCUCCGCACAGGAAGAAGGUGCUGGAGGCGGUGUGUUGCUGGCUGUGUGGGAGACAGGAGGGGAGGAUCACAGGCCUCUGUGUGCGGGAUAGGCCGCUCUGUGUUCUAAGCAGCCAAUGAAAACAUGUCUGAGGUGGGCAGGCUAGCCUGUGUGUUGUUCUUUAAAUGUUUCAUGUUCAGUGUGUUGGAAUUCAGUCCCCACUUUGCCUGCCACUUGGCGAAUCGUGAGGUCAUGUUUCGGGACACAGUGUGGAAUCCGGUUUGGGUGGAGGAUGCCGAGUGUGUGACCACAGAAGGUGCAGCACAGUGGCUGGCUGGUAAUGCACGCCUGCACUGAUUGGCUGGUACUGAAGCUCAUACGCUCACCCUGUGUCUCCAGCCUCCUUUCUACUGGACAGACAGGCAUGUUUCUGUGGGGAGACACGCCUGGAAAAACUAAAAAACAGAUUGCACUAGUUUUAUUGAUGACAGCAGUUAUUUUUAAGGAAACAUCUAUACAGUUUCAUUUUUAGAUUACGUUUUAGAUUGCAUAACAUUUAGAUUUAAUUAACGCUUGUGAAAAGCCAUGGCUCUUUGGGCCUUGCGUUUCAGCAGCCCUGAAUCGACCAGCUCUGCCUCUCCAGCGGUGGGCCAGUGAGGGUCUGACAGUGUGUUUCUCACGUUUCCAUGGAGAAAGAGCUGCCUGUAGCAGUGCCUGUCUUUAACUGGCAUCACUAGUGACUACAGUCAGAGAAAUGAUAGUUAAAGACAUUAAAAUUAUAAUUUCAAGUUUCAAACCGGACUGGUACUUUGUACUCUCUUUUUGUUUUGUUCUGUUUUUGUACACACCAGCGACAUAAUUUCAUUUGUAGAAUAUAUUUUUUGUACAGUUGUGUUGUUU